GAAGAAGAAGAAGGAUAAGAAGAAGAAGAAAAAGAAGGAUUCUUCUUCUUCUGACUCCUCCAGUGAUUCUUCUUGUGAUGAUGAUAAGAAGAAGAAAAAGAAGAAGAAAAAGGACAAGAAGAAGAAGAAAAAGAAAGACAAGAAGAAGGAUUCAGAUUCUUCUAGCAGUGAUGAUGACAAGAAGAAGAAAAAGAAGAAGAAAGACAAGAAGAAGAAAAAGAAGAAGGACAAAAAGAAGGACUCAAGCUCCAGUUCAUCAAGUUCAUCUGAUAGCUCCAGUGACAGCGACAAGGAAAACAAAAAGGAUAAGAAAGACAAGAAGAAGAAGAAGAAGAAGGGUUCGGGCUCAUCUGGAAGUGAAACUGACAAGAAGAAGAAGAAGCAGACUGGAAGCCCUGAUGGUGAGGAAAGCGGUGAGCCAAAAAUGCAGGUUUCAGGCUCAGGUGGUAGCGAACUUUCAGCAUCCGGUGGCAGCAGCUCCAAGCCUGGUGGCGCUCCCUUUGCACCACUUCCCUCUAAGCCCCUCCUGAACCUGGAUUCUCAGAGUUCUUCAGCUGUCUCUAAGCCUGUCACGAAGCCGGAUCCUCUGAGUCCUUCAGCUGUCUCUAAGCCUGUCCUGAAGCCGGAUCCUCUAAGUUCUUCGGCUGUCUCUAAGCCUGUCCUGAAGCCGGAUCCUCUGAGUUCUUCGGCUGUCUCCAGGCACUCUUAUUCUGGCUCCUCACUGAGUAUGGUAGACAGGAUUCGCAGACCUCCCAGCCCCAUGGAGUCCUUGAUUGGGAACCCAAGGAGAUACGGAGACGGAAGCACCCGUUCCACUUCCAACCUCACCUCUAGUGAUCUACUAAGAGGCCCCAAGCCUUAUCAAUGAUGAGAUGUCAUAGAUCUAAAUAGAUGUUACUGAUUAAAAAAAAAAAAAAACAUAGCUUACAUGACAUUGGAGGAAGUUGAAAUGCAUGCAAUCUAAAGAUGUGCUCUAAUGAUGAAUCUUAGAGCUCUGAUGAGGAAAAUAUGACCACUCAUAUAAAAUAAAAUGAGAUGUUUUUGUUGUGUUUUCUUGUGGAAUACAGAGGUUACUGGGUAAAGAUGCAUUGUGACAUGAUGAACAUGUGCACACUGAGAGGGAUAAUCGUAUCCUGAAAAAUUAUAAUAUUAUAAUUUUUUAAAUGGUAAGAAAGAAAAAGCACAUCUGUGGAGGAAAUGUCAAUUCACAUGAAAUAAUUCAAUACUUGCUUGACAGAAUAAAACAAUACGAUUUUA